AUGAACACAAGUUCUAUUGGUUCACAUAGUGAGUUGUUGUUAGGGUUCAACCCGUUUCAAUUAUCAACGUUACAUCACUAUUCAUUACUACACGUUUUCAAUUUUCUAGGAGUUGGCCAAAACGACGGUGUACAUGAACAAAGUUUUCCCAAUGGUUCAAGUAGCCUUGACCAGUUGUUUCCGCUGCCGCUAUAUUCAAGCCAUGGUAAUUCAAUUAACCCACAAUUUGCAUAUUUUGUUGCAAUGGUGGUGAGUUUGGGGUCAGCCCUUUUGUUGACUUAUAAAUUGGUCAAUCUAUCCAUAAAGGCAAGAAACCUGUCGCACAUAUACAAAACUACACCUUUGCUACAAAUAAUAAAGACCUUUGCCAUUUUCGUGCAAUUGGUACUAUUGGCUGUACUAGGGUUAUUUGUCAAGCUUCCAGUCCUCAUAUGUCUAGCCUCAACUACGGGGUUGGCCUUUCUAGUGGCCCAACUAGAGUUCAGAUUAUCACCAGUUCCCGUUGUCGCCUCCUUAUUAUUCUGGCUACUUGGUACUUUUUACUACUUGGUGGUAUUGAUACAAGAUUCGGUGUCCCAGCACAAAAUUUUUGCAUUUUCCAAACCAGCAUAUCUUUUGGAAUUUUUGCUAGCAGGUAAUAGUUUGGCAGUAUUUAUAUUGGAAUCCGUUUUUUAUGAACCAGGGUUUGAUACGAGCAAUGAGAGAUUUAUGGACAAGGUUAAUUUGUUUUCGUAUAUUACCUUUUACUUUUUGCAGCCGUUGAUUGACCGUAUCUACAAGACUGAUGAUGUGAAACUUGACGAUCUACCUUCCAUCUUGGAUGAUUUAUCUUGUGACAAGAGUACCUCCAAAGUGACAAAAUUCUGGGAGGAAGAAAAGAAAAAUGCCAAAUUAAGAAAACCCAGCUGCUUUUGGCGUUUAUGGUUAAAGAUUACAAGAAAGAAGAAGGAAGAUGGAAUCGCAUGUAAUAAACCCAACUUAUUUGUUGCCAUAUUUUUUGCAUUUGCACCUCAGUUCUUUGCUAAUAUUGCAUUAAAGAUCAUCGAGACAUGUUUAGUCUUUACUCAGCCUUUUGUGUUGAUGAAAUUUAUUCAAUUCUUUUCUGCUUACUUUUACAAUCAAGAGAAACCACCUAUCAUCAUUGGUUAUUUCUGGGCAACUAUAAUGUUUGUUGUAUCAUGUGCAAAAUUCAUUACUUUUAACCAGGCAUUUGCUUUCCAAUACAAUAUGGGAUAUGGUAUCCAAAGCUCAUUAACCACAAUCAUUUACGAAAAAGCAUUGAGAUUAUCACCACAAUCAAGAAGGAGCAAACCAACUGGGGACAUAAUAAACCACAUUACAAUGGAUAUCAAUAUGAUCUUUUGGUUUUGUUGGAGUAUUGGUGAGUACAUAGCAGCGCCUAUGCAACUAAUCAUUUGUUUAAUAUCCUUGUAUAAAUUGUUUCGGAAUGCUACUUGGGCCGGGGUCUUAACUGCAGCAAUUGUUGCACCAAUUGCCUCAAUAGCAAACACAUCAGUGGUUAAAUAUUACCUACAAGAAAUGAAGGAUAAGGACGACAGAACAAGUUUAAUUACCGAGAUUCUCAAUUCCGCCAAAAGUAUUAAGCUUUACUCAUGGGAAAAACCCAUGUUGGAGCGUUUGAACCAUAUUAGAAAUGACCGAGAACUAUACAACAUCAAGAAAUGUGGUGUCAUUAGUGCGUUUGCUCAAUUUAUGUGGUCAUGUAUUCCCUUUUUUAUAAGCUGUGCUACAUAUGGUACUUAUUCAUAUUUCUACAGUGCUCCAUUAACUCCAGAUAUUGUUUUCCCAGCAUUAGCAUUGUUUGAUUUGUUAUCUGAGCCAAUGUUUAUAAUUCCUCGUUUCAUUGUUAGUGUUCUUCAAACUUCGACAUCAUUAUCACGUCUUGGAGAAAUGCUUUGCUUAGAUGAAUUGACAGAUGACCAACAGGGUCACAUUAAAAGAUCUUUGGAAGCUCGUGAUAAUAGCGAAUACUCUGUGAUUAUCAAGGAUACUACAUUUGUUUGGGAUAACUCUACUACCAAUCAAUCCGAGUACAAAGAUGUAGAAGCGGCUGUACAAUCAGGAGACACCACCACCACCACCACCACCACCAAUACAGCUUUGAAAGAUAUAAAUUUUUUGGCCAGAAAGGGAAAGUUAACUUGUGUUGUUGGUAAAGUUGGAAGUGGUAAAUCAACAUUAAUAAAUGCCAUCUUGGGAAACGUCCCAAUUGAUAUCCCUCAAUACUCAGACAUCAAUAGCAGUAACAAGAAUCCAAGUGUUGAAACGUUUGGCUCUAUUGCAUACUGUCCACAAAAUCCAUGGAUCUUGAAUGGUACAAUUAAGGAGAAUAUCUUGUUUGGAUUCAAAUAUGACUCAGAAUUCUAUAGGAAAACAAUUAUUGCUUGUCAAUUGGUUUCUGACUUUAAGACGUUACCUGAUGGCGAUAAGACCAUUGUUGGUGAAAAGGGUAUUUCCCUAAGUGGAGGUCAAAAAGCCCGUAUUUCUUUAGCAAGAGCAGUUUAUUCAAGGGCCGAUAUUUAUUUAUUGGACGAUGUGUUAUCUGCUGUAGACGCCCAUGUUGGAAAAGCCUUGAUUGAGCAAAUAUUAUCCAGUGACGGUAUUAUUGGAACACGUACAAAAAUACUAGCAACCAACUCCGUACCAGUGUUGCAUAAUGCGGAUGACAUUUACCUUUUAUCUAAGGGGGUGAUUGUUGAACACGGAAAUUACGAAAAUGUAAUGAAAGCAGAUGGGGAAUUGGCCAAGUUGAUCAAAGAAUAUGGUAGAGAAUUACAAGAUAAUGAGACAAAUAACAAGGAGAAAGAGAACAAGAAGAAAGAAGGUGGGAGAGAGGUAGAGGAGGAGGAGGAGGAGGAGGAGGAGGAAGAAAAAAGACUAGAAAAUAGAAAACCAGUAGAUCCAACAGAAGCGACUGAAGUCUUGGUUAAUGAAAUUGUUGACACCGUAGGCGAAGAAAAUAGAGGAAUUGUUGAACAAGGCGUUCUACGUCGUGCAUCAUUAGUCCCCUACAACCAUUCAUACGAGAGUGACGAAGAUGAAACAACUAGCAAUUCCCCAAGAAAGACAGGUCAUACUGAAGAAGAAUCAAGAAAAGGAACUGUUCCUUGGGAUAUCUUUAAACAAUACAUAGUUGCAUGCAAUUACAAAUACUUUGCAUUAUACAUUCUUGGUACAUUACUCACCUUGCUAAUCUCCGUUGCUGAAAAGUACUUGUUGAGUUACUGGUCAGGGUUGAAUAGAGAGGAGAACAGAACGGUUGAUCCUGUUUUCUUUUUGGGCGUUUAUGCAUUAAUGGGAGUUGUUACUGGUUUGAUAACAUACAUUGCGGCCUAUGUUAUAUGGGGCUAUUGCAUUGUUAAAGGAUCAGCAUAUUUUCAUAACAAGAUGGCCCAAUCCGUCUUGAGAUCACCAAUGUCCUUUUUUGAGACAACACCAGUAGGAAGAAUUUUAAACAGAUUUACCGAAGAUAUUGGAAAAAUCGACAUGAACUUACCAUGGAUGUUGAUUGCAUUUGUUUCAACUGUACUUAAUGGAUUAGUUACGUUUGGCGUUAUUUUCUUUUCAUUACCAAUAAUGUUUUUCGUCAUUUUGGGAUUGUUAGUUGUUUAUAAUCAUUUCAGGAUCAGAUUUGUUCCGACAACUAGAGAAUUAAAAAGAUUGGAGUCUGUAGCCAAAUCACCGAUAUUGGCCACUAUUCAAGAAUCCAUUAAUGGUGUUGAUACAAUAAAAGCAUUUUUCCAAACGGAAAGAUUCUCCCACAAAAGCAAAAAGUUUAUUGAUGACAAGACAUUGAUUGGAAUUGUUAGUCAAAACUGUAAUAGGUGGUUAUCUAUGAGGUUGCAGUUUAUUGCAUCGAGUAUUAUGUUCUCAACCGGUUUGUUGGCCGUUGUUUCAUUGGGCGGGAAACAUCCUAUAUCGCCAAAUAUUUUGGGUUUUAUCAUGACUUAUUCGUUAUCAAUUACUUAUAUUUUAAAUGCGUUGGUUAGGUGUUGGGCAGAGAUGCAAUCUGAAGGCGUUGCAAUCGAAAGAAUCAUUGAGUAUUGUGACUUACCUUCCGAGGCGCCAAUGGUUAUUGAAGACAAGAGACCCGAUAAAAGUUGGCCUAGUAAAGGUGUUAUUAAGUUUAAGAGGUACAGUACGGCAUACAGAGACUAUUUGGAUCCCGUCUUGAAAGAGAUUGAGUUGACCAUCAACUCUAGGGAGAAAAUCGGUAUUGUUGGAAGAACCGGUGCUGGAAAAUCUUCAUUAACUUUAGCGUUGUUCAGGAUCAUUGAAGGUACCGGUGGUAAAAUUGAGAUUGACGAUAUCAAUAUUGAUGAGAUUGGCUUAUAUGACUUGAGACACCACUUAACAAUUAUUCCACAGGAAGCACAUACUUUCAGAGCAUCCGUGAGGGAAAACUUGGACCCGUUUAGCGAAUAUGAUGAUGACAAGUUGUGGAAAGCCUUGGAAUUUGCACAUUUGAAAGAGCAUGUUGAGCAAAUGGAGAGCGAGCCAACAGAGGAAGAUAAACGCAAUAGUAAUAACAAAAACGCCGACGAGCUACCUAAGAAGCGAGGAUUGGAUGCCAAGAUCGAAGAAGGAGGCACCAACUUGUCUUCUGGCCAAAAGCAAUUACUUUGUUUGGCACGAGCAUUAUUGAAUGAGACAAGCAAGAUCUUAGUUCUUGACGAGGCCACAGCAGCAGUUGACUUCCAAACAGACAAGAUCAUACAAGAGACCAUCAGAGAGCAGUUUAAGAACAAGACGAUUCUAACCAUAGCACAUAGAAUCGAUACAAUAAUGGACUCUGACAAGAUCUUGGUUUUGGACAAUGGUAAAGUUGCCGAGUUUGAUACACCUCAAAACUUAUUGAAAAACAAAAAAAGCAUAUUCUACUCACUUUCGAAAGAAGGUGGUUAUAUUACAUAA